CGAAAUAUUUGGAAGGGUCAUGGAUUGUAACGCAAAUGAAGUCAUAUGUAUGACAAGUGUGUAUGUACUGUGGUGAAUAAAGUGUGCACAAGCCCACAACCCAACUCCAUUCUCUACUUUGUGGUCUCUCUCUACCGUUUACUUGAAGAGAUUGCAGAAUGGACCCUAAUGAGCAAGAGGGCAAUGGGGCUACAGCAGCUAUGGAAGAGCUCCCACCUCCGCCACCCAUUCCUGCAAAUGUUACUCCCAUAAAAGUUGAUAACGAACCUGAGGUGAAAAAGGUCUUGCGGGUCCCAAUGGCCCGUCGUGGGUUUGGGACCAAGGGAAACAAGGUUCCUAUCCUCACAAAUCAUUUCAGGGUUAACGUGAAAAACCUUGAAGGCCAUUUCUUCCAUUACAGUGUGGCUCUUUUCUAUGAAGAUGGUCGCCCUGUUGAUGGAAAGGGUGUAGGUAGGAAAGUUCUUGACCGUGUUCAUGAGACUUAUGACACGGAGUUGGAUGGCAAACACUUUGCCUAUGAUGGAGAGAAAAGCUUAUUCACCGUGGGCCCUCUGCCACGGAACAAGCUUGAGUUUACCAUUGUCCUUGAUACUGUUACAUCUAGUAGGAACAAUGGAAAUUCCAGCCCUGGAGGACAUGAAAGUCUUAAUGAGAGUGACAAGAAAAGGAUAAGGCGCCCUUACCAGUCUAAAACAUUCAAAGUGGAAAUCAGUUAUGCAGCCAAGAUCCCUAUGCAGGCCAUUGCAAAUGCUUUGCGCGGCCAGGAAACUGAAAAUUCUAUGGAGGCUUUGCGGGUUUUGGAUAUCAUUUUAAGGCAGCAUGCGGCCAAGCAAGGUUGCUUGCUUGUUCGUCAAUCCUUUUUCCACAAUGACCCAAAAAAUUUUGCUGAUGUUGGCGGUGGAGUUCUUGGUUGCCGAGGUUUUCAUUCAAGCUUCAGGACUACCCAGGGUGGCUUAUCCCUAAACAUUGAUGUAUCCACAACUAUGAUUAUCCAGCCUGGGCCUGUAGCUGAUUUUCUUGUUAAUAAUCAGAAUGUGAAAGAUCCCUUCUCUGUUGACUGGGCAAAGGCGAAACGCACUCUGAAGAAUUUGAGGAUAAAGACAAGUCCCACUAACCAGGAGUAUAAAAUCACUGGAUUAAGUGAGAAAAGUUGCAGAGAACAGACGUUCACAUUGAAGUCGAAGAACAAGGACGAAGAAGGUGAAGAAGUGACUGUCUAUGACUACUUUGUCAACCAACGCAAUAUCAAUUUGCGAUAUUCCGCUGAUUUGCCAUGCAUUAAUGUUGGGAAACCUAAACGCCCCACCUACAUCCCGAUCGAGUUGUGCUCUUUGGUGUCUUUGCAACGUUACACAAAAGCUUUAUCAACCUUUCAAAGGGCAUCCCUCGUGGAGAAAUCACGUCAGAAACCGCAAGAGAGAAUGUCUGUUUUGAGUAAUGCUUUGAAAAUCAACAAUUAUGAUGCCGAGCCUAUGCUUCGGACUUGUGGCGUGUCCAUUAACAACAGCUUCACCCAGGUCGAAGGGCGUAUUCUGCCAACUCCGAAGCUUAAAGUCGGUAAUGGUGAAGAUCUGUUUGCUCGAAACGGAAGGUGGAACUUCAACAAUAAGAAACUUGUUGAUGCUAGUAAGAUCGAGAAAUGGGCUGUUGUCAACUUCUCUGCUCGAUGUGAUGUGCGUAACCUGAUUGUGGAAGAUCCAUUCGACGUAUUUGAGGAGAGCCCUCAGUUCAGAAGGGCUCCACCCAUUGUUAGGGUGGAGAAAAUGUUUGAGGAGAUACAAUCAAAGCUUCCUGGUCCGCCAAAGUUUCUCCUGUGCUUGCUGCCAGAGCGCAAAAACUGCGAUGUUUAUGGUCCCUGGAAGAGGAAGAACUUAUCUGAUUUUGGAGUUGUUACCCAGUGCCUGUCCCCUGGACGUGUAAAUGACCAGUAUUUGACCAAUCUUCUACUGAAAAUUAAUGCCAAGCUAGGUGGUUUGAACUCCAUGCUAGCUGGUGAGUUGUCCCCAUCAAUUCCUGUGAUAUCCAAGUCUCCCACCUUAAUUCUAGGGAUGGAUGUGUCUCAUGGCUCGCCUGGACAGUCUGAUAUUCCGUCUAUUGCUGCAGUUGUUAGCUCAAGGCAGUGGCCCUCUAUUUCUCGCUAUCGAGCUUGUGUCCGUACUCAGUCCCCGAAAGUUGAAAUGAUUGAUUCCCUUUACAAGCGUGUGUCAGACACUGAGGAUGAAGGCAUUAUGAGGGAACUUCUGCUUGAUUUCUACACUAGUUCGCAGAAAAGAAAGCCCGACCAAAUUAUAAUCUUCAGAGAUGGUGUCAGCGAAUCCCAGUUCAAUCAAGUGCUGAAUGUCGAACUAAACCAGAUAAUAGAGGCCUGCAAAUUCCUUGAUGAGAAGUGGUCACCCAAGUUUGUGGUCAUCAUUGCACAGAAGAAUCACCACACAAAAUUUUUCCAGCCAAAUGCUCCCGAAAAUGUGCAGCCAGGGACAAUAAUUGAUAACAAAAUCUGUCAUCCCAAGAACAAUGAUUUCUACUUAUGUGCACAUGCUGGGAUGAUUGGUACUACAAGGCCAACCCAUUAUCAUGUCCUCCUUGAUGAGGUGGGUUUUGCCCCAGAUGACCUGCAAGAACUUGUUCACUCCUUGUCCUAUGUGUACCAGCGUAGCACCACUGCUAUUUCAGUUGUUGCCCCAAUUUGCUAUGCCCACCUGGCAGCCACCCAGUUGGGACAGUGGAUGAAGUUCGAAGAGAAAUCCGAAACAUCCUCGAGCCACAAUGGGACUGUGCCAGCUGUCGUCCCAAUGCCCACGCUCAAGGAGAGUGUUCGCAACUCCAUGUUUUUCUGUUAGGCCUAUGGUUUUUAAGACUUGAACUCGUUACUACUAGCAAAUGCGUACUUUAACUUAUGUUUGGUGCCUGCUUUUGCGCAUUUUUACCUAUGUUUAUAUUAUUAUGGAUCCUGUCUGAGUGCAGAACCUUUGACCUAUGGUCUGUGCCUAGUAACUGUCGGGUUAGCCUUCGUUGUGCCGUUUUUUGCUUUUUUGUUUUGCAAGGAAGCUUGGUCGGUGUUUGUGUUGGCUUGAAUUUGGUUUGCCUAUUUGGGUUAUAAAUUAUGAUUUUCGACUUGGUUCUUCAUCUGUUUUCUUGUAUUCCAAAGGCUGGUGUUUAUGUUUUAAAGGUACAAAUACCCAAUUGAUAAGAUGUUUCUGUCUUACAAAUAAGCACCUGAGCUGAUGGAAAAUUUGUUGUGGUUGUGUAAUUGCCUUGGAACUUAUUUGGAAACUUACAUUGUUGUAUCAUAAUGGAGAAACUCAAAACUUAGGUCGAUUUUGAAGCAAAAGAAAAUGUUUGCAACAAUCUAGUGAAAC